CGCGGUUUGAAAGGCCCGAGCCUUGCGCGCUUGCGCACUUAAAUGCGCGCAGGGAGCACCCCCUUCCCGCCCCUAACUCGGACCCUCCUUUUCCUUGGUGUCAGACGGAGCCCACUACGUUGACAUGCCGGAGAUCCGUCUCCGCCAUGUGGUUUCCUGCAGUAGCCAGGACUCGACCCACUGUGCAGAAAACCUUCUAAAGGCGGACACUUACCGAAAAUGGCGGGCAGCCAAGGCAGGAGAGAAGACCAUCUCGGUGGUGCUCCAGUUGGAGAAGGAGGAACAGAUACACAGCGUGGACAUCGGGAACGACGGUUCAGCCUUCGUGGAGGUGCUGGUGGGCAGCUCGGCCGGAGGGGCCGGGGAGCAAGACUAUGAGGUCCUUCUGGUCACCUCGUCUUUCAUGUCCCCUUCUGAGAGCCGCAGUGGCUCAAACCCCAACCGCGUUCGCAUUUUCGGGCCUGACAAGUUGGUCCGGGGAGCAGCCGAGAAGCGCUGGGACCGAGUCAAAAUUGUUUGCAGCCAGCCCUACAGCAAGGACUCCCCCUAUGGCCUGAGUUUUGUACGGUUUCACAGCCCCCCAGACAAAGAUGAGGCAGAGGCCUCACCCCAGGUGACCAAGCUCGGCCAGUUCCGCGUGAAGGAGGAGGAUGAAGGUGCCAGCUCCCUGAGACCAGGGGCCCUCUUCUUCAGCCGGAUCAAUAAGAUAUCUACUGCCACAGCGAGUGACCCGGCAGGACCCAGCUAUGCAGCUGCUACACUGCAGGCCUCUAGUGCCACCUCCUCAGCCUCUCCGGCCUCCAGGGCAGUAGGCAGCACCUCCAAGCCUCAUGAGUCCUCCAAAGGGAAGAGGAAGUUGGAUUUGAACCAAGAAGAAAGGAAGACCCCCAGCAAACAGUCAUCUCAGCCCUCACCAUCCACUCUUAAGAAACCCAAACUGCCAGCACCCACCCGUACCCCAGCCACCGCCUCAGUCGUUGCCCCAGCACGCGGGGCAGCGCCAGGGAAGCCCCGAGGAGAAGGCACUGAGCCCAGGGGACCCCGAGCUGGCCCGCAGGAGCUGGGGAAGAUCCUUGAGGGUGUGGUGGUGGUGCUGAGUGGCUUCCAGAAUCCUUUCCGCUCAGAGCUCCGAGACAAGGCCCUAGAGCUGGGGGCCAAGUAUCGGCCGGACUGGACUCCAGACAGCACCCACCUCAUCUGUGCGUUUGCCAAUACCCCCAAGUACAGCCAGGUCCUAGGACUUGGAGGCCGCAUUGUGCGUAAGGAGUGGGUGCUGGACUGUCACCGCAUGCGUCGGCGGCUGCCGUCCCGGAGGUACCUCAUGGCAGGGCCAGGCUCCAGCAGCGAGGACGAGGGGGGCCCUCACAGCGGCAGCAGCGGGGAUGAAGCCCCCAAGCUUCCCCGAAAGCGCUCCCAGACCAAAACCAAGCCCCCUCAGGCAGCAGGACCCAGCUCACCCCAGAGACCCCCAACCCCAGAAGAGACCAAACCCGCCUCACCAGGGCCCCAGGAAGAUACAGACACUGAAGGACAGCAGUCAGAAGGACAGGACAAUGGGGCGGAAGAUUCUGGGGACACUGAUGAUGAGCUGAGAAGGGUGGCUGAGCAGAAGGAACAAAAGCAGCCCGCUGGCCAGGGGGAGAAUGGCGAGGACCCAUAUGCGGGUUCCACGGAUGAGAACACAGACAACGAGGGGCCCCCGGAGUCUCCCAACCUUCCAGUUCCUGAGCUCCCCGACUUCUUCCAGGGCAAACACUUCUUUCUGUACGGGGAGUUCCCUGGGGACGAGCGGCGGAAGCUCAGCCGAUAUGUCACAGCCUUCAAUGGGGAGCUCGAGGACUAUAUGAGUGACCAGGUCCAGUUUGUGAUCACGGCACAGGAAUGGGACCCCAGCUUUGAGGAGGCCCUGGUGGACAACCCCUCCCUGGUGUUCGUCCGCCCGAGAUGGAUCUACAGUUGCAACGAGAAGCAGAAGUUACUUCCUCACCAGCUCUAUGGGGUGGUGCCCCAGGCCUGAACACACACAGGCACACGCACGCACACAUGCACACAACGUGCACACACGAGUUUAAUAAAAGUGACUUGGUUUGGAGCUGCUGCCCCUCACUUGGGAGUCUCCCAGAAUCUCCCAGAGGCUCCAUCUUUCUGUCUAAUGUUUGGUUUUUGCUUCCCCUCUGAGGGCCAGGUCUCUGGGCUGCCUGAAGACUCCCGUCCUGGGGUCCUGGAAAGAAUGAGGCGCUCUUUAUUGGGGCUGUCUUAUUGGGCGUCUGGUAGGGAAGAAGCUCUGUCACUCCUCCCUGGCCCUUCAGCCCUAUGGUAGCAGCUGGCAGGGAAUUGGGAAUCUGACACUCAGCCGGUUCUGACUCUCUGAGCCCGUUCUCAGGUCUUGAGGAUCCGCAGGCACCUCUGUGGGUUCUGGGCUGGAGGCCUGGGUGCUUAUGAGGUGUGCCUCUCUCUUAAAGUCUCAGCCCCCCCGGCCAGGGAUGUCUCCCUUUCUUCAGGGCUUUUAGAAGUAGCUCUGUAACUAUUACCAGCACGGUUUUACACCGCACCUUACUUGGGAGGUAGAAUGGGGGGAAGGAACAUUUUAAUCAACCCACCCAAAUCCUGAACCCCUUCAAGGCUCUACUUCAUUUAAGGUAGGAGCUGAGCUGGCUGUUAGAGACUCGGCAGAAGAUGGGAUGGCAGUUUAGGCAGGAGUCCAUGGCCUGGUUCAAAGGCCAGGAAAUGGGAACUAGCUUCAUGCCUGGGAGCAAUUGAAAGAGCAUUGUCACCUUUGGUGAAGAGGCUUGAGGGGCAGAUCUGGCUGGAAAGGUGGGCAUAGUCCUUGCAGCUGGUAGCCAUGGACAUGGGUGGCUAUUUAAAUGAACGACAAUGAAAUGAAAGGAAGAAUUCACUUCCUCAGUCACACAGGCCACAUUUCAAGUGCUCAGCGGCCACUGUACUGGACAGCACAGACCAUUUCCAUCACUAGAAAGCAGAAGGAUGAGGCUGUCCUGAAGGGCUGUCAAUGCCAGGCCCAGAACCUUGCACUUCUCCUGGGGCUGGGGGAGUUAGGAAGGGGUUUGAGCAGCACAAAGGGCGGAUCUGCCCUUUGGGUUUGGGACCUGCCCUUUGGGUUACCUUUUCUUUCCAACUUUUGCCUCAUUAGCUAACCAAGGGCCACUAAUCUCAAUCCUUUCCCUUUCUUGACCUUUCUUUGAAGGUGGUAUUAGACUGCAUUCAUUCAUUCACACAUGUACUGAUCACUCACUGUAUUAGUUUCCUAUGAAUGCUGUAACAAAUUACCACAAACUUAGUGUCUUAAAUCGACACUAAGUUUAUAAUCGAGGUCUGGAGGUCUGAAAUCAGAAUUGGGUCUCACUGGGCCACAAGUCAUGUGGUAGGCCGGCCUGAGUUUCUUUUGAUGGCUGUAGGGGAGAAUCUGCUUUCUUGGAUUUUCCAGCUUCUAGCACCUGCGCACUUUCCAUUCCCCUUUCGUGGUCAAAGGCAGCAAAGGCCAGGCAAGUCUCACAGUUCAUCACUGACUGAAUCUUCUGUCUCCUUCCGCGUUUAAAGACUUGUGAUUACGUGGAGCGCCUGGAUUAUCUGAGAUAAUCUCCGUUAUAAAGUCAGCUAAUUAGCAACCUUAAUUCCUUCUGCUACCUUAGUUCUUUGCCACAUAGCCUAUUCAUAGGUUGCAGGGAUGUGGGCAUCUGUGGGAGGCUGUUGUUCUGCCUACCACACCCUCCAUGAGUGAGACAGGGGCUGCAGUGUGAAAACAGACAGCUGUCCAUGCUCCCAUGGGGCUGACAUUCUGCUGGGGAGGGUGCGCGGCGGGGAGAGACGGUGAGUGUGU